GCGUUCUGAACUAUUGCAUUAUGAUUUUAUGAAGAAGUAAGGCUAUUGAAAUACGUGACAUAUGCACUUCACCACAUGAAAUGGCGAGCUACAAAACGCUGUUUCAAGAAAAGAAAAACCAGAAUUGGCUUAAGGCGUCAGUUGCUGUAGACAUAGCCAGAAAGGGGCUUAUACCUUUUGUUACAACAGUAGUGACAUAUCUGCACCAAGCUAUUCGUGCAAACGUUGAACAAACCAACGGUUUACCGCCUGGGACAACAUGCAACUCCUGUACAACACCAAAUGUCCUACCAUGUAGAACAAGAGGAGUUUGUGGGGGGUUUAGAUCUCUUCCAUGCAAGUUUCAUCAACAUGCACAUUUUAGAUAUUGCCCUGCAAAGAUUUGUAAUGAUUUUAUGCAGGGUAUCGAAGGCCAUCACAGAUUCAAUGGUCCGUCUUGGAAAAACACCAAUGCAAAUGAUUGGUGCUCCAAUCCGUGGGAAGUUGCAAAGUGCUUUCUUCCACCAGAUGGUUACUUGAAUGUCCAGACAGCAGAUGAUACAGAUAUCAAUGGCGUCAUUAGCCUCAUCAUUAAUUGCAGAUUCUUUGACAAUUACUUCACAGACGAUCUUUCUCAGCUACACAAUAUCUGCACGAAGGUGCGAGAUGUUGGGAGAAGACUACGUCAUUCGCCAAAGAUAAUGGUGUCUGAGGCUGACUUAUCAAACUGUAUAGAUGCGUUAAAGAUCCUUCUACAAGACAGCAAGUCUUUGGCUUCAAACACAUCAGCAAAGGAAGCACUUGCAAACCUGACACUGUUGGAAAAUGACCAGUUGCGAGUAUCAGCUGAUGAUCUUGCAAAUGUGAUCAGCAUUGCCAUAUCCACGACAAGUGAACUGCUCAAAUCAGAAAAUCAUCUCCAAGAUAAAAUGGAUGAGCUUAAGGAAUUAGAGCACAAUAUUCAAACUUUAGCCGAUGAAGCAGUUCAGAGGAUCGCAAAUUCUGAAAAAGAACGUUAUAGUUCAAAAUCUGCAGCUUUAAAACAAGAUCUGGAAAAACAUUAUUUGGAUAGCUGUUCUGCUCUCGACCUUGGACCGAUGUUUGACAUUAAAUAUCCAAACUUGGUUAAAGUGUACAUACCUCCUCAACUAAGUAAGUCAACAGUAAGCAAAGGUACUUCUAAUUCGAGUAUUGGUUUUAACAGUGAACUAGUUCGAUCCGAGAUAAAAGAGUUGGACGAAGUGUUUCGAAAUACGGGAGAGCAGGCAAAACGUAUUUACAUCACUGCUAAAGCUGGGGUUAUAAGACGGCUAUCGAGAUGUGAGGAUUAUGAUAUUAAGUUUCUUCAAGAAAUCCUAAAUAAGGAACGAUGUCUGAUGAUAUUUGAUGGCCUGGAUGAAUGGAGUCAUCCGAAUGUGGAGAAACAUCUCUGCUUUCAGGAAGAUACAGAGUCACCACAUGAAAGAAGUAGGGAGAAAUGCGUCAUUAUGAUAACAUCGAGACAUUGGAAGCUCGGCUUGCAGAAAAUGCAUUCUGAAAAGUUAAAUAACCAGGGAAUGUACAACUACGGUAGUUGGGGAGGUUACGGCCAGUACUACAACUCCUGA